CGGGAAUGGGGCUAGACCGGAGUUGGAAGUAGAGUGGAAAAGAAGCGGCUGAGGUUCAGAUCUUGGGAAAGGGCUAGCCAGUUGGAUUUUUUUAAGGGAGUACCUUCUAAGCAUGAGACAGUCUGUGAAUUACUGUUAUGUAAUUAACAGAUAAACUGUCGUGUUUGAGGAGCAACAUUUACGGCAGUUUGGUAGACUACAGUGGGCAGAGGCAAGUAAUUAGCUGGGAGAGAAUGUCUGCCAUUGUACUUGGAGUGGGUGCAGGAGUAUUCAUCUUAGCAUUGCUCUGGGUGUUGGUAUUCCUGGUGUGUGUGUUGUUAUCCAGAGUCUCCGGUCCAGCUAGGUUCUCUAUCAUUUUUGUUUUCUUUGCUGCUCUGAUCAUUACAGCAGUUCUGUUGUUCUUUCCCAGGGCCACUGAGGUCACAAUCCAAGAGGUAGAAAUUAAGAUCAUAGACAAGUUCUUCAUUGGCCGUUAUGUGCUACUGGCUAUUCUCAGUAUUUUCUUCUUUGGAAGCCUCUUCCUGGUUCUAAUUCACCACGUCCUGGAGCCAAUCUAUGCCAAACCACUUCGAUCAUACUAAGGACUAUUCAAAGAAAUACCACAAACUACUAUUGAACAGAGAUGCUGUUCCGUUUUACAUGGGCAGCUUCUAUGUCUUUGAUCUGGCAUAAAUUUCAUGAGUAUCGGGAUUCAUCGGAAGGAGCUAUGGAAUUAUGCCUUUGGGGACAGAUUCUCAUUGACUUGAGAGAAACAGUGAUAUCUUCACAAUCACUUUGAAUGACUGGACAUCAAUUGCCCUUUUUAUACCUGUUUUCCUCCUAUUUAGAAUCAGAAAUAAGAGUGCAUAACUAUUUUGGAGGGGGGCUUAAAUUAGGAUAAAAUGGAAUGAUUUAUAGGAAGAAAAUGUUUGCCUAUAGCUGGCAGAGUCCCCAAAUCAGUUUUUUAUGAUGAUCUGUCAAACUACAUUGCUUUCAGAGUCUAUUUCAUUUGGAAAGGAAGUACACUUAGAUCUGAAGUGGUAUGUUCAUAUUUGGAAAGCUUUAUUGACCACUUUAUGUUAAAGAACUCUGGAAAAGACAGGUCUUAUUUUCUAAUACACUUGUGUUUUUUGUAUUCCAAGUUCGAUUAGAGGUGAGAAGAGGUAAAGAAUCGUACUCCUCACUUUGGUAGUGAAUAAAUCUAAUAUGCAUUGCA